UCUCACUGUCACUGCUAAAAUCAGAGCAGAUAGAGCCUGCGCAAUGGAAUAAAGUCCUCAAUAUUGAAAUGUGACAUUGCUCUCAACAUCUCACAUCUCUCUGGAUUUCUUUUUUCUCAUCAUUACUGCUAACAAAUUCAUUUCCAGACUUUGCACUUUUAAGAAGCAAUGGAAAAAAUCAACAGUCUUUCAACACAAUUAGUUAAGUGCUGCUUUUGUGAUUUCUUGAAGGUGAAGAUGCACACUGUGCCCUACAUUCAUUUCUUCUACCUUGGCCUGUGUUUGCUUACCUUAACCAGUUCUGCUGCUGCUGGCCCAGAGACGCUCUGUGGUGCUGAGCUGGUUGAUGCUCUUCAGUUCGUAUGUGGAGAGAGAGGCUUUUACUUCAGUAAGCCCACAGGGUAUGGAUCCAGCAGUAGACGCUUACACCACAAGGGAAUAGUGGACGAAUGCUGCUUCCAAAGCUGUGACCUGCGGAGGUUGGAGAUGUAUUGUGCUCCAAUCAAGCCACCUAAAUCUGCACGCUCUGUACGUGCUCAGCGCCACACUGAUAUGCCAAAAGCACAAAAGGAAGUGCAUUUGAAGAAUACAAGUAGAGGGAACACAGGAAACAGAAACUACAGAAUGUAAGAACAUGCCAUCCACAAGAGUGAAGAAUGAAUGUGCCAUCUGCAGGAUACUUUACUGUAAAUAAAUUAUUUGUUAACAUUGGAAGACUUAAAGAAAACUAUGGUUUAAUAAGCUUGAUGCAAUCUCAACCAAUGGGCAUUCUCCCAGUGAACAAUGCAACUAAACAUUCCAAUAUUAAGUCUUUAGAGAACAGAAUGUUUUAACCAGCCCAGAGCUUAAAAAAAAAAAGAAAAAGAAAAGAAAAAAACAGAAAAAAAAUCUGUGGUUGAUAUAUAACUGUUUGUUAACCUGUUUUAAAUGUCCUGCACAAAAACUCUUAAAGUCCUGUGCCCCUCAAAAGCCUAAAAAUUUAUGGGCCUUUGAUGGAUCCAAUUGCACUAAAUUAACCUAGAACGCUGGCUGCUGGAGUCAUUCAUCAGCCUUGUCUAAGUGUUUUGUUUUUUUUUUUUAUUUGCACUUCUAUACAAGAAACAGGCUGUUUGUUUUACAGUGUCUGAAAACAUUGUUUGUCUAUCCCUUCGUAUUUGCACAGUUUGACAUUCCCAGUAGCAGCAGCAGUAAGGUAACAUAUACAGUUUUAAACAUCCAUUAAUUCCAUCUGUGGCAUUUUGACAGAAUAUGGGUUAUAGAUACAGUCAUUUUAGGA